AUGAGCGAGAGAGGAGUAGCAUGUCGUCGCAGGACUGGAGAAGACAUGAUAAGCUUAUUACCUGAUCACCUGCUGUGUCAGAUACUCUCUGAUGUUCCUACAAAGACGGCUGUAGUCACUAGUGUUCUGUCCACCAGAUGGAGAACUAUCUGGCUUUCGACUCCUGUCUUGGAUUUGCACACUCAUGAUUUCCCUAACGUCACUGCCUUUGCAAGCUUCAUCACUUGGUUUCUAGAGUUAUCUAAGGGCUCAUCAUGCUUACACAAGCUCAAACUUGCUUUGGUCUCUGAAAGACCUAUUCAAGAUAUCUCUAGUGAGUCAUCAUCAUGGGACCUUGCUUUUGUGAGAGGUCAUCUUGAUCCCUAUUACUUUAUGACACAGUGGAUUGACAAUGCAGUUACACGUAAAGUUAAACAUCUAGAUAUCUUAUAUCCUUGGAUUUUUGGGAUGAUGCCACUAAGCAUCUACACAUGUGUGACUCUAGUAUCCUUGAAAAUCCAAAACGUGUCAUUGGCUGAUACUGAGAAUGUUUCUCUACCUCGUCUCAAGACCAUGCAUUUAGAAAACAACAUAUACGCUACUGAUGCUCUUCUUGAGAAGCUUGUCUCAUGCCCGGUUCUUGAAGAUUUAACAGUUGUUAGAAAAGGAGAUACAGUGUACGACUUUGAGGUUUUACGAGUGCGUUCUCAGUCAUUAAAGAGUCUCGUAGUUGUUCUUAUUGGUAGGGAGUGGUGGUACAAAGCUUGUAGGGUUGCUGUGAUUGAUGCUCCUGGACUCAAGUAUUUGAGUCUUAAAGAUAGCAAGUUCACAAGUUAUGUAAUAAGCAGUUUGAGUUCAUCUGCCAAGGUAGACAUUGAUGUCAGUUUUGAUGUGGACAAUGAUCUGGCUACAGAUAGAAGUGUAGUUAGAAGUUUCUUCACCAUGCUCUCGAGCGUAAGGAACAUGAUUAUAAGUCAAACAACUUCAGAGGUAUACAUAUAUUACAUUAUGUGUAUCAAUGGAUUGAUUCAAUGAGAAUUUUGAAUGAAAAGUUUUUAAUGUGUUUUGCAGGGCAUAUGUGUCUUCUUGAAACAUGAACCACUGCCUCAGUUUCCUUACUUGAUCAGAUUACAUGCGGUCUUGUAUAACGCUGAUUUGGGAAAUUUGCCGAACAUUCUUGAGAGCUGUCCAAAUCUCAAAUCCCUUGUCUUGGUGAUGAAACUUUUACCUUUUAUAUUAUAUGGUUUUAUUCAUAUCAUCAUCAAUUCAUGAUCGUAUAAAACUGAUGUUAAAAGUCAUCUAUAUAAUAUUUAUUGAAUGAUUUUAUUUGCAGGAGUUGAGUAAUCUUAAGGAGGAGGAACUACUUAUUCUCUCAGCAUCAGUUCCAAAAUGUUUAAGAUCGUCCCUGGAGUACGUUGAGAUAAAAACACCGAUAAGAGGAGUAGUAAGUGAAAUCGAACUAGUGAAGUACUUUCUUGAGAAUUCGGCGGUGAUCAAGAAGUUGAAAAUGUGUUUGCGUAGUGGGAGAAUGAACGAAGAGUCAAACAUUUUCGUACAACUCUUGAAAUUUAGGAGAUGCUUGAUGUGUCGAGUUUUAACCCGAUUAUCUAACUGCAAGUGCACAGUAAAGUACGCAGUAGUAAUGCGGGAUCGAAUCCACAGGGACCGAUGAUCACACGUAG